AUGCGUGCUAUCUUCGAAGAGGCUCAAAGAUCGGCCAACAUCUCUGGUAAUCAAGAUCCACUCUCUGCCAUGCCUUGCUACUAUGGUGUUGGAAAAAGGGAUUUUUGCUCUCAGAGAGUCGGUACUACGAUCAGUAUAUACAAUCCAACCCUUACUUCCAAGGUUCAUUACUAUUUUUGUUCUAUUUCUUGUCUGCUUAAACAACUAGAGAAAACAUCGACAACAACAUGGACAAAUCUACUUAAACCGGCACCGGUUCCCGCGUACGUGGCUCCAGCCUCUCAACAGUCGCCAGCCUCUCAACAGUCGUCAGCCUCUCAACAGUCGCCAGCCUCUCAACAGUCGCCAGCCUCUCAACAGUCGUCAGCCUCUCAAACCCUUCCUUCUACUGAACCAAAUGAUCCAAUCGAUCACUUUUUGAUUCACGGAAGAGAUUGUUUUCAUCGAACAGUUGGAAUUGAUUUUGAGGAUUGUCAAUCACUCUGGAAUCUAAUUGUACCACUCUAUAGAAAAACAGAUAUAUAUGGAUCUGUCACUAUAGAGAGACGUGGAUCAAGUAGAUCAUUCAUUGGAGAUUAUAGGUUGGUCGUUAUAACUCUUAUCAAAUUACGUUCCAACUGGUCUUUUCAAUUUUUAUCAUACUUUGCCGGAUUAACUGAACCUACAUGCCGUCGUAUAUUUCUUUUGAUUAAAACACUUCUUCUAACAACUUUUAGAUCAUUGAAUAUUAUCAAUUUUUUAACACCGGAAGAAAGACUCAAACGUGGUCAAUGGUUGUUCGAAAAAACUCUUCGCGUCACUGCUGUUAUUGAUGGAAAUCUGACACCGACAAGUUCUGCCCCAAGCAAACACCAGAGGAUCCAAAUGCACAGUGGAAAAGAUGGAAAAGAAUGUUUCACCAUAUUGGGAAUAGUAGAUGGGUGUGGAAAGUUCAUUUGGAAAUCUUCAUCAUAUAGUGGAAAUGUCACAGAUCAGGUCUUUGCAACUUUUAUGGAGGUGGAGAACAUAUUCAAGAGAUUUGGACCAUCAGAGAUCAUUUUGGGCGAUGCAGCUUUUCAUCAAUUGAGGAGCCAUAACACCAAUGUACUUAUCCCAGACAUGGAUAAACAACCAGACUCAAAGGCAUUAAAUGAAGAGAUAUCAAAGAUUCGUGCAUUGAUUGAAAUAGCUUGGGAAAGCAGCCCUGUAUUGGCUUGGUCUAAUCCAAAUGAAGUAACCAUGAUCAAAUCAAUACAGGAUGCCAACUUUAGAGAGUCUGUACUCAAGAAUCAACAAGAAUUGGAUAAAGAAACAAAGAAAAAGAUCAUUGAUCUUAUAAAUGAUGGUCAAACAUGA